CAGCUGCAUCACCAAAGACUUUCUAACUGGCCUUGCAUUCAUACGGAGUGCGUUUGUGUUUUCAGAACUGCAGUUUUGGAGAGAAAGUGUUUGUGACCCCGAGGACAUAUCUGCAGCACUGAUUGCCCCUAAAAUGGCUUUACUACUGCGAGUCAUCAUUUCCUCAACUGAAGCCCGGCGAGUUCAGCUUUCUGAAGUGCCUAAAUCAGUGGACUCUCUUAUCAGUAUUCUUCAAGAGAAGCUGCAACUACAAGGACAGUUUUUUCUUCAAUUUGAGGACCCUGAUUUUGGGAAUGCGCUUUGCAACCUGUCUGAGAUCUCAGAAUUGCCCAGUGAAAGAGCAGUCUUGCAUAUUCAGUGGUCCAGGUCUUCACUUCAUGAAACCAACAGCCUAUCAUCCAUCUCAUCUCUUGAUACUGCUAGUCUCGACAACUCUGAAGCGUCCUCCCACAGCCCCACAGUCUCUGGACAAAGGUAUUUACGCACUGCCUCAGAAUGGCCUCUGCCAUUUCCCAUACCAACUCUCUCUUUUGAUGUCGAGCUAAAGCUACGACGAGGGAAUGAGACAUGGGAAAAAACAAAAAUAGGCAUUGAUGUGACUAGAGACUUAAAAAUUGAGGUUCUUGACAAAAUUGUGCAGGCUGUGUUUGACAUAAAGGCAUAUCCGGACAAUCAGGAAAUUGAAUCCAUUGCAUCUGCACUGAUUUCCAAGUACCCUUGCCUUAAGGAGCCUGGCAAAGGAAAGGGUUAUGAGGGAUGGUUGAUCAGCAUAAAGAACAAACUAAACAAUUAUCGGGCAAAGUUACGAGUGGCAGGUUGCAAUGAAGUCAGUGUGAACAGGAAGCGAAAAGAUGAUGGAAAUGUUUUCACCCUGAAGAAGGCAAAGCAUGGAGAAGUCAAUCAUGUCCCCGAACAUCCUUGCAACCACACUGACACUUCACUUGAAGAGCAAAGACUUUUAUUGGUGGAAGAAACAAAAAAGGCAAGAAGGAACAUAGCAGCCAUAAGUGAAAAAAUGGAACUAACAUUUUCCCUUAGGAGAAAAGAAGUUGUCCAAGAGCAACCAAUGAUUGUAGAGGUUCAGGAGAGGUGGCCUGCACUCUUUUAUCAAGAACAGAUUUGUGAGGAAUUUUUCCGAAUUACAAACAAAGACCUUCUGGGAGUCUUCAUGACAGCUAUUGACAUGUACACACUUAAGCUCCUGAAACUUUACAGAGCCAGAAAAGGAGCUUUCGGACAGGACAUGGAUGCACUCCUAGAUAGACUUGAUGAAAGGACGACAGACAUAGUUAAUCACAGGAGGACUGCUGCUUUGGAAGGUCUCCCUGUGUUUCUUCGUGAGAACCCAACCGAGCUUUUCAAGAAGUGUAAAGAAACUGAAGAUGGGACAAAAGGGGUCUCUGUUGGCAUUCUCUAUGUGUUGGAAGAUAACACCCAAACAACAUCACCAAUGAUCUAGAACAUUGCUGUUAUACUGGAGGAGGUUGUUGUUCUGGAAGGUCUCCCGGAUGCCUCUACUGCUCUAGCAUACCUGUUUGGCCUUCUCUAUGCUCUAAACUUUUCAUAUCCUAAAAGCCUCAAGUACACUUUUGAUACUAUUCAAAAUUUGUUCAUGGAGCUUGGGUCUGGAUGCACCCAACGUGUGCUUUCUCUCAAAAACAAACUGCUAGGAGUGACAAUUUAACAGUGUGAUGGCAUACCUUGUCAUCAACAAAGACAAACUAUUUUGAUACCAAAUUUUGAGUGUGGAUGCACCUUAAAGAAAUGGAUGUUGGCGAGGCAUAAUUGGACCUGUGUUUCAAGUUGAUUUAAGAUGACAGUCAAGACACUUAAAAUACUGUUGUUGUUGGUCCUGUUGUUGAUAAAAAACAAGCAUUGAAGUUUUGUACAAUGUUUACAAUGGAUAGUUUUACUCAAGACAUUCAUAUUUUUGUUGCCAUUUUUAUUUCAAGUUAAAACAGAUUUCAAGCUCUUUUACAAUUUAACACUGCACUCUCUUAUUAAUAAUCCUUCUGAUAGUAAAACUGUUUAGUCUAAAAUAAAAAGCAAGCAUGUGUUAAGCUGCAAUCUAAAAAAUGUUGGAAUUGCUUCCAACAUUCACACUGUGAAUAUAAUCACAAAACCAGGAUGCAUGGUAUUAUUUUUUAUUUAUUUUUUUGUCAGCAAAUUCAGUGCAGUUUGAUAUUGUUUUGAAUGUUAAUGGAUCUGGUUUUGCCUAUGAUUUUUUCUAAAGACAUCUGAAGUAAAUUUGGACAACUAUUUCCAUGUCUACAUUUUAGUUUAAAUUGUUAAUUAAAGGGAAAGUUCACCCAGAAAUGAAAUUGUCAUCAUUUACUCAACCUCAGGUUGUUCCAAACUUGUGCGAGUUUCUUUCCUAUGCUGAACACAAAUUAAGAUAUUUUAAAGAAUGUUGGUAACCAGACAGUAGACAGUAGAAGUAGACUUCAUUUGUGUUUUGGAGAGGAAAGCAGCUCACAAAGAUUUGGAAUAACAUGAGGGUGAGUAAAUGUUGACCAGAAUUUAUUUCUGGGUGACUAUCCCUUUAAGAUUUCAAUAACACUUAGAAUUGACAAAAUAUUUUAUACAUUCUUAAUGCAAUGUUUACAAUUUGCAUGUGUUCAGAACUGAAAUAAACGGAUGAAGGAAUAAGAACAUGUUUGUCAUUUGUAAAUAGAUGUAGAAUCACUAUAUAUAUGAAAAGGAUAUGUGCCGAUGCUUUAUUUGGCCAAUUAAACUUUUUACAUCCAGGAAACAGAAAAAAAAUAAUAACCUCAACAACAGUAAUUGUUGUUUCAAUUGCUGUGACAAGAAUAUAUUUAUUUGCAAAAUACGAAGAUCAAAAUAGCAUGAACGAACAAAUUUACGUUGGCUAAACAAGGUAGUAUUAGUGAAAAGAACUAAAAAAUAAUUGUUGAGACAACUCAAAAGUCUUACUGCAUCAAGUUGCCUCAUAUUUUUAUGUUUUCU